UAUGUACAGGUACAGAGGUACAUAGAAGCCACAGCAAAAGCAACAACAACAACCACACGUUCACACCUUACAAAAUCACCCAACACCAAGAAGCAGCAUUUGCUGUUUUUUGAGCAUUGCAUUUAGAUUUUGGAUUUUGGGACAGCAUACUUACUAAUCAACAUGAACAUGCCACCGGAAGCUGUUGACGAUGAUGAUAUCAGCAAAAGCAUGGAUUUUAAGGACACUGAGCUCACUUUAGGACUGCCUGGUCGUCCACGACGUUGUUCUUCAUCAGCAGCUGAUCAUUUCUUCGGAGGAAUCAAGAGUAGUAGCUGCAGCAUGAAACGUGGGUUCAUGGAGACCGUUGAUCAGAAUAUUGGCCUGGAAAGCUCUACCAGCUGCGAGCCACGUAGCCAAAUCAAAGUGGAUGGGAAGUUGGAAGCUCAUUACAACAACUACUCCUCCUCCAGCUCAAGUGGCAGGACAACUACAGCCGUGAAGUCCCCAGCUGCAAAGGCAAGAGUAGUUGGGUGGCCACCAGUGAGAUCAUUGAGACAGAAGGCAUUGGUGGAGAGCAAGAGCACGUAUGUAAAAGUGGGUGCAGAUGGAGCUCCUUACUUGCGGAAACUAGACUUAGACAUGUACAAAAGUUAUCAUGAGCUAUUGAGAGCCUUAGACCAAAUGUUCCCUUCCUUCACCACAAGCGGUAAGUAUGCGGAGGAUACUACUAGCAACCAGGAUGCAGUGAAAGGAAUGGAUGAAUAUGUAGUGGUGACAUAUGAAGACAAGGAUGGGGACUGGAUGUUAGUUGGAGACGUCCCUUGGAAAAUGUUUAUAGAAUCAUGCAAGCGUAUUCGGUUGAUGAAAAGUUCAGAGGCUGUUGGGAUAGCUCCAAGGACGUCUCAGGUUCUGACACAAUGAAAUGAACGGUACUGAUCAAGCACAUGUAUGUACAUAUAUUAGAUUUUUUUUUUUUUUUUUGGUCUGAAUAUGUACAUAUAUUAGAUGGGGCCUGUGUUUUUCUUGUUAAUUAGGACCAUAUCAGUGUUUAGGAUCCAACACAGACCCCUCCUUUUUCUGGUUUUCUGGUUUUUUUCUGUUUUUUCCUUCUUCCCAUCAGUGAGAAUAAGAGAGAAAUCUAGAUUGUACCCU